AUGAUGAAAGUAAUAAGCAAGAUGUCUUCAUUAAUUCUUAAGAAAUCAGAUGACAUGGUUCUUUUUGCUCAUGACAAUCCAAUUAAAUUAGGUGAGACAUUAAAGUUCGGAAAUUCAUUAGGAGUAGUCAUGUCAAUUUUUGAGAGAAAUCAAUUAGCAUUAUUGUUGUAGCAAUCUGAGAUAUUAGAGCCUAUCUAGCCUGUUAAUUCUUUGAUGCCAUAUCCACAAAAUGAUAUUUGUACGAUUACAGACAUUAAGGAAUCAAAUGAAGAUGCUGCUGAAAGCAAAAAGUUACCAAAAAGAGUCCUUCCAAAGAGUUAAAUUUUCACACAUAAUGUGUAUAUCGAUCUCUUUCACCCAAUAACUUAUGGUCAAAUGUUAAUCAUUAAAGAUAAGGAACUUUUGAAUAAGUUGUAAACUUUUGAUCAGAUUAUUUAUUAUGGUAAAUCUCCAAUCAAAUAAGCAACUUGGUUUAAAUAUGCAGACAAUUAAGGUUCAAAUUACUACUUACCAAAAUAUGCAUUACAAUACGCAAAAGAAAAAGCGAAAUCUCUUAAAACUUUGUUAGUGAUGGAUCAAAUAUAUGAUCACUAUGUUGCGCAUUAACAAUUAUAAGAAACAAUUCAAUCAUAUGUUUAUGAACGAACAACAAAAACUGUGUACUUGUCUAAUCUAUUGAAAGAGCUCUCAGAAUCAUGUGGAUACAGACCAGGACAUAGCAAUCUUACUGUCGCUGUUUUGCAAAGAGAUUCAAAAGAUGAUCUAUUAAAUGAUGAAUUGGAAAAAGAAGUAUAAUUUAAAUGUAUUGCAACCUUUAGUUAGAAUCCUUGUAAUCUCACACUCCUACACAAUGCUUAUCUAAGCCAAGUCCAUUCAGUUUGUAAAUUCAAAGUCCUUUGUAUUAUCAUUUAGCCUAAGAGUUAUACAAUAUUCUUGCAUAAUACAACGAAAAACAAUCAGAAUAUUUAUAAAAGCAAUAGUUGAAGAUUCAUAUAGAUCCUUGGGACUUUUAUUAAUAUUUUGAUUGCAAACCAAUAGUGUAAAUGAUCAACUUAUUCCACCAGUAGAAUGGCCAAGAACACGAGUUAGUAAUCCUAGUCGAUUUCUCGGUUAAGGCAUUCAAAGAUGAAUUGAUUUGCCAACUCAAAGGUAUGUGUAAGAGUGCCUAUAUAUUACAGGUUCCCCUAAGGAAAUUUUAAGUGAUCUUCUCGGAUUCUCUUAUUAAAUAAAAGAAUUUGAUGGAAAAACAUUUGCUGAAUUUUAUUAGGAAAAGAAAAAUGAAUUAGAGGGAAAUGAAUUUAAGAAUGUAAUAAUUGAAAGCUUAGGAAGAUUUUAUGAGUUAUAUAUGCUACAUGUAAGAAUGACGGAUUAAUUGCUAUAAUACAAAAAGGAUUACAUAUGAUUGAGUAUUGG